AUCGAUAGAGAGAUAGAUACACAAAGGGUGUUUAUAUAACUCUGUAAUGGCAGAUUAUCGGGGAAAACUACCAAGAAAAAUAGCAGAUAUAAUUCUUUACAUAAUAAAUUCUCUAGUUUUCUUCUUUCUUGAUUUAUUGGAUUACACAAUGUGCAUUUUCUACAAAUAUAUUGAUGAAUUUUUGGAGGGAAAGUCAACACCAUGUUACUGUCAAAGUCAAAAUAGGACAACAAAGGAGUUUGAGAAGAGAAACAAUGGGGUUUCAGGUACUCUGUUUGGUAGGAAAAAUGUUUUUAAGGAAAUGGGUUUUAUUGGAAAGACACGUAGGAUGUUUGAUGAUGAGGAUUCGGGGAAAACUACAAGUAGUGAUUUGGGGAAAACUAGGUGGUCGGAUUGUGGGUGUGAGUCUUGUCUUUCUUGGAUGAACAAUGGUGGUGAUCUCAAGCUUCAUGUUGUUGUUAAGGACCCGUUAAAAGGAAAUCAAGAUUUAGGUAACACAUCAACAGAAGAUGUGAUAUUUCUACACGGAUUCAUGUCGUCGUCUUAUAUUUGGACCGAAACCAUAUUCCCUGAAUUGGUUAGUAGUAAAUACCGACUUUUCGCUGUUGAUCUUUUGGGAUUUGGAAGUAGUCCAAAGCCAAGAGAAUGUCUCUACACUUUAAAUGACCAUUUGGAAAUGAUCGAGAAAUCAGUCAUCCGCGAAUUCGACUUGAAGUCUUUCCAUUUGGUUGCACACUCCAUGGGUUGCAUAAUUGCUUUAGCUUUAGCAGCUAAGUAUCCCAACAGUCUCAAAUCCAUCACUCUAGUUGCUCCUCCUUACUUUAUAACUUCUGAAGAAGAGGAUCCUAGUGAAAUAGCAUUAAAAAGACUUGCCUACAAGAGCGUAUGGCCACCAUUGUUGUUCGGAUCAGCAUUCAUGACAUGGUACGAACAUUUGGGCCGAUGUGUAUGUUUUGUUUUGUGCAGGCACCACAAGACAUGGGAAAAGAUCUUGAAGCUGGUUACGCGAAAAAGGAAGCUAAGUUUCCUAGUGAUGGACUUGUUCAGGCACACACACCAUUCGGCUUGGCACACAAUGCACAAUGUGAUAUGCGGUGGGGCCAAGAUGAUGGACCCGUGUCUUGAAAUACUGCGACGGGUUGGAGCACGGGUGACCGUGGUCCAGGGGUCUAGAGACCAGGUGGUGCCGGUUGAAUGCAGCAACAAUAUUAAAGUUAUGGUUCCUGAUGCAGAGGUUAAGAUUAUCAAAGGUGCUAAUCAUAAUAAAGUGAUAAUGGGAAGAGAAAAACAGUUUGCUGAAGAUUUGGAACACAUAUGGGAUUCUGUCAAUGAUGCCGUUAAUAGCCGUUAAUUCGUUAAACAUUGUUAAAAACUGAUUUUUCUAGCAUACCAUCUGUAUUUUUGAAGGAUGCUUAUAAGUUAAAAGGCAAAAUUAUGAUUCAAAUAAUUAAACUCUCUGCCUAGGAUGUAGAGGUGCA